AUGACUCGUUCACAACGCGAGCCGAUGGACACGCCAAACACGCGAUCGAGGCGGAAACGCGAGUUGACCGAUGAGGAUGAAGGCGGGACGGUCAAGUGGACGCAGGAUUCGAGGUUGCGAAAGAUCAUGAUGGCUGCUUCGGCCGAUAGUGAGUGUCUGAGCUAUUGCAUGGGGCUGGAAGAAUCGAUGUCACAGAUACAGCGGAAUAAACGGCAAAUCAAAUUAAUGUCCCAGGCUAACGCGCCGGAACCAUUACCUAUCCCCUGUCCCACUCUCCGACCCGUCUUCCGCACCAUCACGCACCCGGUCCUUCUGCGCGCCCCGCUCGUAAGCGCCCUUGUCGCGCCCAACGGUCGCUCCCAUCCCAACUAUCCAGCCUCGCCAGCCCUGCGGAACGCACAGCCGCCCAACAAAGCAGCUGGCGAUGGCGUCCUGGAUGAGCUCCUUGAUCGCGCGUUCCAGACGUUCGCGGUACAGAUUCAGCCAUCAGCGGUGGCGGAGGCGGGGACCGCAGCAGCGAAGGGAGCGCGGCUGUCUUUGCCGAAUCCGGGGGAAGGGCAGGGGCGUUCGGGGGCGUUUGAGCGCCAGCUUUCGGGUGGAAGUGGAAGUGGGAGUUCGAGCUCCGCUUCGGCAUCGGGGUCAGGCAUGGGUUCGGGAUCGCACUGUGUCUCAGCGGCAGCAAUGCCUCGGACGCGCUCGCCGGAAGACGCCACUCGGACGGCUAUAGUACCCACCCGGGCGGUGCUCAAUGACAAUCCUAUCAGAAUCACCAACAUCCAAUCGCGACCGCCCGCCCAGAAUCAAUCCCCCAAGCCCACGCCCUUCCCUCAUCCCCAUACUACCUCCAACCCCGCCUUUACCACCACCACCACCUCUCCUGACCUCACCGGCCCAUCACCUGAUAAACGCCCACCCCCUCCCAAACAGCCCAUACCGGACCGCGCGUCGGCCUCUCCGCUCGCCCCAAGCAGAACACCUCAUCCCCACCUUCUCCACAACUUCCAACACCCGCGCUACCACCAUCACCAAACGCUUCUAACCUCCCUUCUUGCAGUAGCCUCUCCGGUGCAGCCCUGA